AUGGCGAAGCAAAAUGACUCCUCGUCGGCGAUGGAAAUCGAUCACAACCCCAAUUCCAGUGAUGAGACUAACAGCCCUAGGUUCUCAAUCAACGUUUUGGAGCUGUUCAAAUCGGCUCAAAAGCAACACGGAUUGCGUAAUAGUGAUUACACUCGUUACAGGAGGUACUGUACGGCUCGGCUGAGGAGAUUAUACAAGUCCUUGAAAUUAACCCACGGACGUGGCAAAUAUAAUAAGAAAGCUAUUACUGCUCCUAUGGUCACCGAUGUGAGGUAUCUUCAUGUAAUUCUUUAUACUGCGGAAAGAGCAUGGAGCCAUGCUAUGGAAAAGAAAACGCUUCCAGAUGGUCCAACUGCACGUCAGCGUAGCUAUCUGAUUGGUAGGCUGAGAAAAGCCGUUAAGUGGGCUACACUAUUUCAAGAGUUGUGUGCCAUUAAAGGAGAUUCAAGGACUUCUUUCGAAGCAGAGGCAUACGCAUCUUUUAUGAGGGGAACUUUGUUGUUUGAACAAGAACAGAACUGGGAAGUUGCUUUGAAGAGUUUUAAAAAUGCCAGUGCCGUUUAUGUGGAACUUGGUAAAUAUGGAGAUGAAGAAAUACGGCAUUUGUGCAAUGAUCGGGUUGCAGAGAUAGAACCUAAUAUAAGAUACUGUAUUCACAAAAUUCGUGGAUCAAACUUGCAAAUUUCUGAAUUUGAGAACUUAGGUGAAAUGGAAGGACCUGCACUGGAUAUGUUCAGAGCAAAAAUGGAGGCUGUGAAAUCUGAGGCUAGGUCCCAGCGAGCUGCAUCAAUGAAAGAAUUGAAUUGGCUUGGCCACACAUUCUCAGUCCCAAAUGCAAAAGCACGUGUGGCUAUUCUGAAAGCUCAAGAACUGGAAAAGGAUAUUCAUGGGCCGAAAGCGGACUCUACUCCUGCAGAUAAAAGAGUUAACAUAUAUAGCAAAAUUGUGUCGUCAUAUGAGGAAGCCAAGAACCUCAUCCAUAGUGAUCUGGUUACUGCAGGAAAUUCUGAUAAUGUGAAGGAUAACCUUAGUGGUCUUUAUAAAGCAAUCAGUGCUAUUAUAGGGCAGCUAAACAUUGAACGAUAUGAGUUAAUGGUUAACACUGCCAUAAGCAAACUCAGCAAGGUCGAUGGUGAUAGGAAUGAGAAAGUCUCGAAGCCUGAAGAAGUUGUACAUUUAUAUAGUAUGUUGUUACUGGUGACUGCAGAGCUCUCUGAUUUAGUUAGUUCUGGACGAGAUAGGAAACCAGAGGAAGUGGCUGUAGCUGAAGAUUGUGACCGCAAGAGCUUGGUUUUCAAAGCUGCAAGAUGCUUCUACUUAGCAAAGUCCUACAGUCUUGCUGGGAAGAGGACAGAAGCUUAUGCUUUAUACUGCAGAUCCCGCUCUUUAGCUGAUGCUGCCCUUCAAAGCCUUCGAAGUGUAAAGAGCCCUGAUCAGGUUAUGAUGAAGGAGCUGCAGAGGUUGUACAAUGAAAGUAGAUCAAAUAGUUGCAUAGAGCAUGCUUUAGCUGUUAUGGAGGAAGAGGAGGCUCCGGAAAAGUUGUCAAAGAAAAUUUCAGCAGUAUCAUUGAAUGGUGCUAAGAAGCCUGAGAAAUUUCUUCUGGAGAACUUGGACGUGUAUGAAUCAGCUGUUGAUAGCAGUGUGAAGUCAAUGGCUCGUAUUGAACGCUUCCCACCUGCAUUUCAAGCAUUUGCUCGAAAUCCUGUGGUUCUUGACAUUGUUUACGAUACCAUAGAUUUCCCGUCAUUGGAGAGUAGGACAAAGAAGGACAGGAAAGGAUUCUUGGGUAGGCUGUGGCGAUGA